AUGAUCUAUGAUCAUUAUUUGACAGUAAGACCAUGGGAGCCUAAGUUCAAUCCUGCAAAAGCUAAAAUAGAUAAAGUGGCUGUCUGGGUUCGUUUGCCAAGGGUCUCAUUAGAGUAUUAUGAUGAGGAGGCUCUCACUAUUAUUGGAAACAGGAUAGGGGAAACAAUCAAAGUUGAUGUUAAUACUUCUUCCCAGCUACGAGGACAUUAUGCACGAAUAUGUGUAAUGGUUGAUUUGGGUAAACAACUAAUGUCAGGCUUCUCAAUCGAUGGUGAGGACUACUACUUAGAAUAUGAAGGGCUCCACGCUCUUUGUCUGAACUGCGGGGUAUAUGGGCAUCGCAACGAGACAUGUCCAUCGAGAAAAUCUACAGAGCAAAAUGACAGCAACCAGAAUAGGGGCGCUGAGGGUGUACAAAAAGCUGGAAUGGAUAUUGAUGGAGCUGGGAAUAAUGAUCAGGAAGUAUGGAAGGUUGUGCAAAAAACCGGCGACAGAGGAGGGGGAAAGAGAAGGCAGGGGGAGCUUUCCGAAAUAGAGGAUAAUGCAAUCCCUGCAUCUUCGGUCCUGGAGAACGUACCAUUUGCUAAGGCUACCACCACUAAUGUACGAUUUGUGCGUGAGACAAAAGAUGUGGCGAGUAAGAGACGUAACAAGCAAAAUGGCGCGGCUGCAGGGGUGGUCCCAGAGAAAGUGACAGAAGCCGUUAAACGGGUAGAGCAGGGGAGGAAGGAAAAGAGAUCUCGUGAGAUGUUCGUGAAUCAUAAGAGAUCAAACGAGUUAUUGAUGUUGACACUGGAUGAAACCGAAGAAGAGGGCUCAGCUCGAAGGAAUUUUGGUGAAGGAGAUAAUAACAUCUCGAAUGAGAACAUUGGGGAAGAGCAGAUGGAUUAUAUCGAAGAUACUGCACCCCUCCCUCAUGAUCCGGGUGAAAAUUCAGAGAUGGACAAAGGGCCUGAGGUACAGCAAUGUGGGCCAAUGCUGGUAAACCCAUCUAGUGAUGAAUUUGAGAAGGAAACCCAAAGUGAUGGGCCUAUGGUACCUGAAACCCAAUUCUAA